UGUGCAUUGAGUACUAACCACUAGCCCGAGCUGAAUUCUGCCGUUUCGUCAAGUCAGUCGAGUCACUGCAGGAGCCUUCAUAAGAAGCUUGCUACGGGUGCAGUUCGUGCAUUUGACGUGAUGGGAGGAAUGUCGAUCCCAACAGAACCCGUUGGAUCGCUGCCCCGGCCUGCGAAGCUCCAGGCCGCAAUCAGCAGUUUCGAUUGUGGCAAGAUUACUCUGGAUGAACUCAGAAGUGUUCAGGACGAGGCGUGUUUGGACUCGAUCACCCGCUUUGAGGCGACAGGAUCACCAAUAAUUUCAGAUGGAGAGCAGCGCAUUUCGAGCUUUGCAACUUACCCACUGACGGAUACCCUUGCUGGAACUGGGCUCGCCGAGGGACUUGCACCACAUGGUCAAUACUUUGCUAUCUUCGACGAUGGCCACCAUCGCCAGCUUCCGGCUUUAGUGAAAGGGCCCUUUAGAUACAAGUACUUCGCUGUGGACUUUUUCGAGAAAGCAAAAGCAAUGGCCGCCCUCCCUCUCAAGCAAGCCGUAAUUGCUCCUUCCAUGCUCGCCCUUCUCUACCCGCUCGACAAGGAAAUCGAAGGGUACACUCGUGAAGAGUUUUACAGCGAUCUGUUAGAUGAAGCCGAGAAGGACAUACGCAAGCUUUUCGAUGCAGGAUGCGGCAGAGUGUCGAUAGAUUUUACCGAAGGCCGACUGGCGUUGAAGAAAGAUCCGCGAAACCCAUGGACGGGCAAGAAUAUGCUACAAACUUUCGUGGAACUGAAUAACCGACUGCUGGAUCGAUUCUCGGCAGUCGAGCGAAAGAACAUAGGAAUUCAUACUUGCCCUGGGGGCGACUGCGACUCCACGCACAGUGCAGAAGUGGAUUAUGCGGAACUGCUACCGAGCAUGUUCCAAAUGAAUGCCGGUUACUUCUUGAUCCAGCUCGCGAGUGAGCCGGACAAGGAAAGGAUUUACAAGCUCAUCGGAGACAACAUGCGGCCGGAUGCAAAUGGCGUGCCUCAAGUAGCGUUCAUUGGUGUAAUCAAUCCUCUGAAUCCUCGCGUCGAAACUGCGCAAGAAGUGUGCGAUGAUCUGGUUCUAGCCGCCAAGUAUAUCCCAAAGGACCGUUUAGGCUCCACUGACGACUGUGGGUUCUCGCCUUUCAGCAUUGACGUAAAGCCCAAGCACGGAUCUCCGGACUUUGCUCGUGAUAUUGCAUUCCAGAAAAUCAAGGCGCGCGUUGACGGCACCCGUCUCGCUUCGGCUGCUCUUGGUGUCUGAGACAGUGAAGCACUGACUGCAUUGCAUAAGGAGAAUCUGAUUUGGAGUCUAUACAGUAAAAAAUGCGCUGUAACAUCUAAUGACUUCAGUUGCAGCCAACACAGGGUGCUCUGAGAUCGAUCCAGUAUUUGCUCUACAAGCGAAACUUGUCCUCAUCGUCGCUACGUUGAAGUGCCAAUAUCAAGCUCUACUCUAGGAGACCACAAUUCUGAGUGCUAACUACAGGCUUUUGCAUCAGCUCACCCCGUGAAGCAAGACUUUCCCUCUGGAAGAAACAUAGAACGGGCAAACAAUUGGAGAAGUGUAACAGAUCCAUGCAGGCCAAAAACGAGUACAAGUAGACUUGUGAAUAGAAAACUAUCCGAUAUACACUUCAUUUGACAACCAAGUACUGUAUUUAUGAUCCAUCUGAUUUGGCAAAAUAACAAUGUUAAAUAUUAAUCAUAUCUGGUUUAUUGUCACAAUAAUUCUUUACAUACAGUAUAAUGUUUAGGUUUUGCGAUUAACACCACGAUGAGUAGGAGUUACCUCAGCUGAGGUAACUCCUACUAUCUACUACUACACACGAUAUUCCUAGCGAUGUUAUUCUCAUGUCAUGAUUUUUUGUAACA